UUGAGAUCUGUUGCCAUGCUAGGCAGCAACAUUCACUUUGCUACACUUGUACUAAACCUCCUCUGAUGUGUGGCAUUUGGUGAAUGAGGUGAGUUUGAUGUUCCUGCUGUCAUCUUUGUUUAUUGCCGUGUGGUUGGGUCAUGCAGAACUCUGGACAGGAGUAGAUCCACUUUUGUUUUGAAGAUCCCUACAUCCACCCUUUGUUGGUAUCUCAGGGGCUUUGUGGGAGGAUAUUUAAGAGCUGUGGGUGCCUGAACCCCAAGGUGUUGCAGUAUCUGGUCUGGAUCAUGAACAACUAACAAGAGCUUCAGAGAACUUUGCCUCUUCAACAACAACAAUUACUACUACUACUACUACUGCUACUACUACUACUAUUAUACCAAUGUUAUGUAAUUUUUAAGAUGAUUAGUCAAAAAUGAAUCUCUACUGUUAACAAGACAUGAAUUCAAAUGGGAUGAACCCAGUGUUUUUACGGGAUGCAAACCUUGCUAUUUUUUCUCAGCUGCAGGUUUACACUUUCUUAUUGUGACUUGUUGAAAGUAAUCAUGACUGGCUGCAUCCAGUCAGACGUGUUGUCAUGGAUACACAUGGCAAUACUGUCUCACUACCAUGCAGUCAAGUCUGAUCAACAUCUGUUGCAGCUAGAUUCAGAAAACAUUCCCAUCAUCAAUCUUCUACGUAGCAACAGCUACACUCUUGCUGUAAAGUCUUUUUACUCUCACUCCUACAACAUAUGGGGCCAAGUGAUGUGCUUUAACUUCUUAGCCAUGAAAACUCUUCCAGUUGCUUAGUUAUGACCUUCUCAUAUAUGGAUCCCGUCCAAAGGGAACAGCCAUUGACUCCACCCAAACUACAACAACCAAUAUCUGUUGCUAAUCAUCAUAUAAAUUCCUCUUAAAAUAUCUCACAUUUGCCAUUUCCUACUGACGGUACAUGUGGAUUAUACUUGCAAGUAUUUCUUACAAAUCAUUAACUAUUCUGGCCAUUUUAAUAAAUAUCUGCAGAUCUACCCUGGCUACAAGGCUUAUCAAUGCAGAUCAUGUGAUAAGGUGUUCUCUACAAUGUCUAAUCUUAACCAGCACACACGUGUACACACUGGGGAGAGGCCAUUUUUCUGCAAGUGGUGUUCUCGCCGUUUUAGUCGGAAGAAUAACCUUGUAAGUCAUAUGCGCACCCAUGCUGCUGAAAAUGAAGAAAGUGCUGGCCACCACUCACCAAUUACUAAACAAUACUGCUGCCAAAAAUGCAAUAAAACUUUUAGCAGUGUUGAACUUCUCAAUUCACAUAAAGUGUCACAGCAUAGUGAUAACAGCAAACGAGGUCACCAUGAAUGUAACAUUUGUGGCAAAGUAUUUGUAAGUGGAGUUAUGCUGACAAUCCAUGUUCGAAUGCACACAGGUGAGAGGCCGUAUGGAUGCAUGUUUUGUGAAAAACGUUUUGCCACUUCAUCUGAUCUUAACAGACACACUCGCAUUCACACUGGAGAGAAGCCAUUUCAAUGUCGUUUCUGUGGAAAGAGGUUCACACAGAACUCCAACCUUAAAGUUCAUUUGCGCACUCAUACCAAGGUUUAUCCACACCACUGCAUGCAGUGUAGUAUUGGUUUCACAACACGGGCUGCCCUUACACAACACAUUCGUGUACACCACAAUGAUAACAGCACUCCUACUGACAACAUUAUCAGUAACAAAGGUGACAUUGCUAAAAAAAGCAGUACUACCAAGAGCCCACCUAAUGAUACAAUCAACAAUAAUAAUAUUACUACUAACAGAAAUAAUAAAGGCACUCAGGGACUGUUAAAUAUUGUUUCUAAACAAGUUGAGGUAAAGAAACUAGAAGAUAAAGUGGUUCCUCUUGACUUCUUCCCAUCAACUGUUAGUAGUUGGGAUAAACAGCUGCUGUCUAGCUUAAUGUCUGGUAUCAGUUCUUCACCAACAAAUGUGGCAAAAGAAAAUCCUACCACAGCUGAAAAUUUCCCAGUUGAAGGUCAAAACCCAUUAAUGUGCAGCCUUUGUUCAAGACAGUUUCUUGAAGUCAGUAAUCUUGUGCAACAUCUCAAGGUGGAACAUGACUUGUGUGAUAGCAGUAUGGAUGUUGAUCCACUACCUUUAGUGGUCACAAAAGAUGAAGUAGAUCGUAAGUCUGUCCUUCAGGAUUUGGCACCUGAUAACCAAUUUACUGUUAAAACAGUGCUACUUGAUUUUGACGACAAAGUCAUUACCGAGGAGCCAGUGGUCCAAUCUUCUUCUGAUGCUGCAGGUUACUUCAGCAAAGAAAGCUCAUGCAGUAACAACACAAGCAGUAGUAGUUCUGAGAGUGAAAUUGCAUUAGCUGACAACCUCCAGUCAUUGUUAUAUAAUAGUGAUAAAGUUGUAGGAGUAGAAAAUCCUAAAGAAGCCGGUGUCAAUGAAACAAAAACAAGUAGUAGAAUAGUGAAAAAUAGCAUCAGUCAAACUCCAAGCCAGACUGGAUCCAACAUAAAAGUUGAAUUAGAUUUUGACAACUGCCAAAAAUUAGAGGAGACUGCAAAUGUGGCUGAUUUAACUAGCACGAAUGAUAUGAUGCUGUUAACACCUUCAGGUAACUCAACUGUUUCAACAUCUUACUCAGGUACAGAACCAGUGUCAUUAUUAGGCAAGGAUAUAGAAGUGAACUCUGGCAGGGAUUCAUCAACAAGAGUUCAUGAAAUUCCCACAUGUUUAGUAACAAGUGAAGGAAUUUUGGAGGAAUGGGAAACUAGCAGAGACAUUGGUUCCACCAACUGUAAUACUUUGCCUAUCUAUGUUAGUGAUGAUAGUAGUGAACAGUCCUCAGGGUGCAGCAGUCUUAUUCCUAAUUCCUUUGCUGUUUCUGCACUGAACAUUCCAAGUAGCAGUCCUUGUAUAUCAGAGGAUAUUCAAUGCCAAAUACCUGACAUGCAGGCUCUAACAAAUCUAGAAAGUUUUGCUUUUGACAGAGAUUCUAAUAAUGUAACAAACAGUGGUGAGUCUUCCUACUUGUGUGAAGAAUUUGUAGAUAUUAACACAUUAAACUGUAACUAUUCUGAAAGGUCAGACAAAAGACUGAAAAUUGACCCAGAAAUUACCUGCAUUGAUUUGUCUUCUCCACUUCAGGAUAAACUUGCAUCUAAAAUUUGUGCUGAUGAAGAAUCAUGUUUGUCAUCUGAGUCACAUGAUGGUACUAACAAAGUAGCUAGUAAAGGGUACCUACUCACUGAUGCCAAUAAAAAUGAAAUGGGAAAUGUUGUUCCCCUGUCUUUAUCAUCAUCAAAUGGUGUAUGUUUUAGAGAGAGCAACUGUACAGAUAACAGUAUAACCACUGUAAAUAAUGCUAACGUAGAUGAUGGCAGGGAUUUGAAGAGAACUUCUAUCCAAGGUGAUGAUAAGUUGUGUGGCCAAGAGAACCAGUAUGCAUGUAUGUUGUGUAGUAAGACAUUCCAACAGGCCAAUCACCUGACAUAUCACAUCAGGACACACACUGGUGACCGUCCAUAUAAGUGUGUAUAUUGUGGCAAGGCCUUUGCUAAGCCGUCCGAUUUGAAUCGCCACACCCGAAUUCAUACUGGGGAAAAACCUUUCAAAUGUGAGUUUUGUGCCAAGCGUUUUACACAGAAUUCAAAUCUUGUGUCCCAUUUACGCACUCAUGCUACAUCACAACGGCCAUACAGAUGCAGUCACUGCAAUAAAUCCUUUUCAGACUUUCCACUUCUCAGUAAACAUCUUGCAUGUCAUACAACCAAAAGCUAUAAAUGCAAACUGUGUUUGCGAACUUUCAGCAGCAUUCAUCUACUUUCCAAGCACACCACACAUGCUCAUAACCAUCUAAAUGUCAGAAGUGGAAUUACCAAACAGAAACGUUGUCAUAUUUGCAAUACAUGUGGUAAAGAGUUCCUUACAUCCUCAGAUCUCAAGCGUCACACACGCAUACACACUGGUGAGAAACCUUUUGCUUGUGACUAUUGUGAGAAAAGAUUCAAUCAAAGCUCUAAUCUUAUUUCUCAUGUAAAAACACAUUCAGGUGUAAAGCCAUACAAAUGUGAUUUCUGUCCCCGUGAAUUCUUCUCAACAGCCAUGUUAUAUCGUCAUCGAAGAUUACAUACAGGUGAAAAGCCUUACAAAUGCAAUAUAUGCCAAAUGUGCUUUUCACGGGCAAACUUUCUCAAAUAUCAUAUGGCAACCCAUUGUGAACUUGAAAAUUCUUCUGAAUCAGCUGUCCAAGUACAUGAGAAGAAAACUUCAAAACCCCUUGAAACUAUGGCAGGUUACUUAUGUUCUCCUCAGCCACAGUCCCAUGUUGAGGAAGAACCCAAAGAGAUAGUUGAUGGAAAAGAUAAUGCAGAUAAAGGAGAAGUGAUAACUAACUCCUACAGUGAAACAAAAAAUAGCAGUUGCAAUGAAUCCCCUUCAAAUAAGGCAGAGCCUUCAGAAAAUAUUACUUUAGAUCUUAGCACAUAUGUCAGCAAUGAUGGUAACAUGUAUCUUACAUCUUUACCAGCUUCUGUAGAAUCUGAGGAUCCAGUUGGUUCAAAGAAAUUAGUCAGUAUGAUGACAACAUUAGCACCUCGUUUGCAGUAUAGUGGUUUCCAAUGUCCAUUUUGUAUGAAGUCCUUUGACCACUCCAGCCUUUUGAUCAAUCACAUCAUGACUCAUAAUGAGCAGAAACAUUAUUCCUGUAAAGUCUGCUCAAAAUCCUUUUUCACCAGAUCUGCACUCAGACAACAUUCUUCAAGACAUAGACAACGUAAGCCAUUCAGAUGUGGCUACUGUUCUCGUCGGUUCUAUCUCAAUGUCUUUUUAUUACUGCAUUUGAAGAAACACACUUCAAUCUGCAAGUACGUGUGCAAUGUAUGCUGUUGGGUAACAACCAGCCUUGUUCAGGUUAGGCACCAUAAGAAACUCUAUGCUGGAAGACAACAUACAUUCAGUGUGAAACAUUCUGCUGAGCCUGGUGUCAGUAAUGUUGAAACCCAAAAUAGAACAUAUUAUCCCAACAAGUUCACCAUUUCCUUGUCUAAAAAGUUAUACCAAAGACAAAAUAACAUGGAGAAUCCUGGCAAUAAAUUAUUUCAAUGUAGUAUGUGUUUAGAACGCUUUCAACACCUCUCUAGUCUUGGUCAGCAUGUUGUAGUGCAUAAGAAGAGUGACAGACACAGAAAAGAAAAUACAAUUCAACCAAUAACACUUCUCCAGGUUAGAUCUGGUCAUUGGCAACUUAAUAAAGGAGACAAAAAGUUUCAAGACAAUCCAUCAUCGACCUACAUAACAUCUACAUCAAAAUUUGAUGCAGACUCUGUCUCACAGGAGAGAAAAGAUGCUUCUGAUUCCAAAGAAGUUGAAUUAUUCAACAGGUCUAAGUCCAAUAGAUUAAUUUCUAAGACCACUCACAACUAUAGGCCAAGUGUUAAACCUCUAGAGAUCUCUAUUGCAGGACACAGUUGGUUAACUGGUGACUCUGCAUUUACUGAAGAAUCCCCAGCUUACAAAAGAUGCAAUGAAAAUACACAAAGUGUAGCUUAUAAUGCUACAAAAUCCAAGGCUAAAUCUAAAAAUCAGGUAAAAAGUUUGAAAAGGCAGGUAAAUUUUCAAAAUGCAUCCAUACAGAAAGACACUACAAUUACACAAGCUGCUGUGGAUGAAUCAGGGAAUGACCCCGAGGCUGUUAUGAAACAAUCUAAAACUUCAUUAAAUCAAGAAGGCAAAAUAAGGCCAAAAUUUCCAAUAAGUUCACCAAGUUUAGAAAAUAAUCGUAAACAACACCAGUGUGAAAUAUGUGGUCGUACUUUUGUUCAGGCAUGUCACUUAACUUAUCACAUUCGAACACACACUGGAGAAAGACCUUAUGGCUGCAGACAUUGUGGGAAAGCUUUCUUCACAUCAUCUGAUCUGAAACGUCACACACGAGUUCAUACAGGUGAGAAACCUUUCAAAUGCAACCAUUGCCGAAAAAGAUUCACUCAGCGUUCAAAUUUACUCAUCCACACUCGCUCUCACACUGGUGAUAGACCUUAUCGAUGUCGUUUAUGCCCAAAAAAAUUUUCAACUUCUUCUAUGUUGGCAAGACAUCAACAAACUCACUCUACAAUCACCAAUCAUUCUGAAAUCAAUUUCUGUUGUCCUGCUUGUCAACAGAAGUUUACUAAUUAUUACAGUCUCACUAAUCAUCUCAAAGCUUCUCAUCCAAGUUUGGUGAAAAAACCAGAGUACAAGAAAAAAGAAAAGACAACGUCCACUCCACAUGCAUCCAAUAAGUCAGAUUCAUCAUGGCUGCCUGUGAAAUCUGGAACAGUCACUAUUUCUGAUGAUUCACUAUCUGAUACGGCCACAUAUUUGUCAGCUACACUAAGCUGUGCUGUGUGUGAAAAGUCUUUCCCAGAUAGCAUUCAGCUUUCUAAACACCAGUGUAACCAACAACCUCAAGAAGAUAACCUGAAUUGGGCCACAAAUGUUAAAGCCUUUGAUUCUACAAUAUCAACAUCUGCUUCACAGAAAGAUUUAUCUGGCAGAAUUCCAUCUAGAUCAGUAUUCAAAUCUAAUGAAAGCUUCUAUAACAACAAAGGACUGAACAGGAGCUUGGGAACCAUGAAUGUAACCACUGGAAAUGUUGAUUUGAUGGAAGAGCAGCCAUCUGAUCCACAAACAACAGAAACUAGCAAGGAAACUAGCAACCUCCUCAAAUCUCUAAGUUUGUCAGAUAAAGAUCCAGAAAAUGUUGCAACAGAGGAAAAAGUAUGUGACUUGGUAAAGGAAAAAUCUGAUGUAGUUUUAGUUGAAAAGCUUGUGCCAGUUACCAAGACAAAUGAGAAAGAACAGUCAGCACCAUCUCAACCUAUAGUGGCUGGGAAUAAAAAAAUCUCUGAGGAGAAGUCCCCAAACCAGUGUGAAAUCUGUUUCCGUACAUUUUCACAGUCUUCCCACUUGCGUUACCAUCUCCGCACACAUACAGGUGAACGACCCUACCACUGCGAUUACUGUGAUAAGGCAUUUUUCACAUCCUCUGAUCGAAAUCGACACACUCGAGUGCACACUGGAGAAAAGCCAUAUGGAUGUGGCCUAUGUCAGCGUACCUUUUCGCAAAAGUCUAAUUUGAUGGGACACUUGAAGACACACAACCGCCAUGGUACAGCAGCAGUUUCUUACACAUUUUCUAAAGGACAAAAAUUUCUUAACGGGACACAUGCAUCAAGUUUGAAGGUUCAGUUUAAGAAGUCUUCCGAAAGAGACUCUUCUAUUUCUAAUAUUCAUUCCUCUUCUGCUUACUCUUCAUUGUCUUCCUCCAUUUCCCAUAGUUCCAUUAGAAGAACAGAAAAAGUUUUUCAAGAUUCUUCCAAAUCCAUUUGGAACAUUCAGUGCAAAGUAGGGUCUGUUUUAAAGCCAAUCCUACACCUCAAUACCAAAGAGUUAGACCAUAACCAACAAAAAAGUUCUUUCAAAACUCAAGAAACCAAUCAAAGUCGUUUUUCCACUGAAGAUACAAUGUCACAUACAAGGUCUUUCUUAUCAGUUAAUGAUAAACAGAACAAAAGUGAGUUUCAGUGUUCUUUGUGCUCUCGUACUUUUCCACUGCAGAAACAGUUGGCUUCUCACAUGCGCUACCACAGUGGUGUGCAUCGGUAUCCUUGUUCUAUCUGUGCCAAAUCAUUCCUAAAGAUGUCUGAUCUGCGUCGACAUUUGCGUGUUCAUUCAGGAGAAAAGCCAUUUGUUUGCAAAUGGUGUCCUCGUAAGUUUUCCCAAUCAUCGAACCUCACUGCUCACCUGCGCACUCAUUCAGGUGAAAAACCUUUCCAAUGUGGACUCUGCAAUAAGAAAUUUUCACAGUCGUCUUCAUUGAAGAUGCAUACAAAGAUGCAUCAACCAAUCUGCAUUCCUGCUCGGUGCCGAUUUAGUCCCAUUUAGCAAUUCCAUUUUUUUUUUUAAUCACUUAUGCCAAAGCAUAGUUAUAGGUCAGCAAUCUGUUGUUUCAGUGACCUCCACUUGCCAAAAAUACUGAAAUAUAUUAAAAACACCCCUGCCCGCCCAUCCCACCAAAAAAUAGAAAUUUAAAAAGCAAUUAUACAAAAAAAAAAGAGAAAAAGUAAAACUAAAUGGGUCUGAUGUAAAAGGCCUAGCAUGUAAAAACUUAUCUGUGAAUAUGUAUAGGGGUAUGUUAAUGAAGGUUUAGCAAGACAAAUCUAUGCAGUCUAUUGACCCACAUUCUAUAUAUAUAAAGAUACAUGAGUGUUUGUGUGUGUGUGUGUAUCUGUAUAUAUGAAUAUGUAUCUGUGUAUAUGUAUGUAUAUGUAUCUGUGUGUCUGUAUAU